CUGUUCACAGUGUGAGAAAGAGACUUUUAAUAUUUGUCGUUGCCUGGAUUGUGGAGCAGAAUUGUUCUGUGAGGACUGUGCAAAGAUUGUACACGAAAAGCAUGCUCCAUGUAUCUACAUGUUCCAGAAGUUUGGAGUGGAUACAUGUUUGAAAGAAUGAAUCUUUUAGUCUCUCUGGAAAGCCAGUUUCAUGUUGAUUGCGCUACAAGGUACUACAGGUCUGUUGUGGUUGUAGAUGAUAAAGGGAGACAACACAAAGUGUCAAUGGAAUUUUGUCAAUGUGAGGAAGAAUCGGUGACAAUUAUUCGUCAUUGUAUGUGGCCUUCUUCUCCUAAAAAGCCACAAGCAGCCUACUCUUUUCAUUUCAUGGAGAUGAUGCAAUCAUUGAUGUUGGAGAGCCAUGUGUCAAUAAAGUCAUACCUUGAAGCAUACAGAAAUAUGCACUUGAUUCAAAAUGAUGUUGAGAUGAGAAAUUUAUAUAAGAUGGCUGUGAAUGGGAGCUUCAUGGAAUAUUGUAAGUUUGUUCGUGAACAAAACUCCUUGCCUUCAGUUGACAGUGGUAAUGGCAAUGACUGGAACAAGUGCUGGGCAUGCUCAAAGCGAGGAGGGUCAGUCACAGUUGCCGUUGAUGCAAACUUUGGCUUAGUCCAUAAGAAGAGCUCUGGUGGGUCCAAUCCUGUUUGUACAGAAUUUUUUAUCCACGAUGAGCAAGUAAUGAACUUCUUGGAAGGCUACAAUGAUAGAAAUAUAUCUUUGGAACAGGCAUGCAGCUCAUUCAAAGCUGGAGAUCAUGUAAGAUCAAAGGUUGCAACAACAAAAUUAGACUGCACUGGGCUUUUUGGUGCCUCAUGCAAGCAUGAGUUUCCUUUGAAAUUCCUAAGUAUGAAUACUGGAGAAAGGCUAGGUUAUUCUGUCAUGGUUUUAGAGGCCCUUGUAGAAGAAUGCAAGCCAAGAGGACAAAAAAUAUACUAUCUUUAUGAUAUAGCUUGCAAGCUAAAGAGCCAUCUAAAGAAGCUGGACCGACAAAAAGAAAUCCAAAGUGUAACUUUUGGUAUACCUGUCUUCCACUGCUAUGGUCAUGUUGGCUCUUGUCAGAUUGAAUACAAUCCACGCCUAAUUGACGAUAUUGGGUUGGUAGAUGGCGAGUGGAUGGAGCGUCUUUGGUCAUAUCUACGGCCAUUUUCAAGAAUAACGAAGGAGACUACUCUUGAAAAUCGUGCUUUCAUACCAUCCGAUGCCCUAACGUACUUUGGUAGAAAGAAAAUGCUGAAAAUUGACGAAACGCUUAUUACGAGUUUAAAAAGGGCACAAAACAUCGAAUCUUUGGCUAGAGAAAAGUUUGCCUCAUUAGUCUCUCAAACAAAAGGUAUUGUAUCGGCUGAAAGGGUAGAAGAGUGGCGUUGCCAAGAAUUGGCAAGUCUUCAGCAAAAAGAGGUGGCUUCAAACUUGAGAGAAAAAGAAGGAGAUUGGAAAAAUACGUACGUAAAAGACCUGCAAGAUCUAGCUAAAGCCAGAGAUGAUCAAAAAUCAGAAGCUGAUCCUAGGGAGUUGGAACGCUUAACUAAAAAGGAAAGCCUGAUUGAGGGAAAGUUAAAAAAGAUGGAGGAAACUCACAAAAUUAAGAAAAGAUGGGGCACAACUGGCGAAAAUUUCAUCCGCAUUUCAACCAUGCUCAAUCGAAGAAAACAAGCUGAAAUUUUAAGAACAGCCCAUAAAUGUGCCGUUGAAUGCAGCUGGCUGCUUUUGCUAAAGAAAAGAUACUUCGAUGGCCAGAAAGUUGCCAAGAGGCUAACACGAAGUGUCAACAAUGUUUCAGGAAGGAUAAGAGUGGCGGUGAAAGAAUAUAAUGAGAUAGCAGGCUCUUUGAAUUCGAGUUCUAUCGAAUUCUACGAGGCUUGUAAGGUCGAUUUUCACAUUUACAAACACCUCGAUAAUUCAUAUCAGCAUAUUGGAGCCGUCGAACCAGCAAUAAUUCGACAAGCUAUUGAUACCCACAGCCUAUACAAAAGGGCAGUGGAGGAACAAAAAAUUGUCAAAGAAGAAAUGGUAUCUGUCAUCAGACAUUUACUUGAUUUGGUAGCUGGUCUUGACCAGCUCAAAUCAAAUCUCAAGGACGACAGCGAUUCCAUUUAUUCAAGGGGUCUUCACGCCAUCGUCUGUCGAAAACGGGUAGUAUUGCAACAACGAGUUGAAGGAUUCAGAAAUGUUUUCUACCCGUACGUCCCUGAUUUGCUUCAAGAACCACAGCUGGCUGUAGACUCAACAACUGAAUGCUCAACAAUUGAAUCUUCUAACGAAGACCUUGAUUCUGAUGAUGCAGUAAUCUACCAAAUUGCCCUACAAGCCUACAACGCUGAAGAAGAUUCAUGGGAUGAAUACUUGGAUUGUGAUGACGAUGACUAA